AUGUGGGUAUUUGGUUAUGGUUCACUUUUAUGGUACACGGAUUUCCCUUACAAACAAGUCGUUCCUGGCAUCGUUCGUGGUUAUUCUCGUCGGUUUUGGCAGUUAAGUCCAGAUCACAGAGGUACCCCAGACAAUGUUGGUUCUUUUGUUGCUACUUUUAGAAAAUUUCUGCAGCCAGGUCGUACAGUAACACUUGUGGCAGAUAAUAAUGGCUCUUGUUGGGGAUUAGCUUACAAAGUAGCUGAGGAACACGUUUCAGAUACUAUCAAAUAUUUAAAUGUACGAGAAAAAGCAGGUUACAUGAAGAAAGAAAUAUUGUUUUAUCCUGAUGACAAUGGCCCGCCAUUCAUGAUAAAUGCUUAUAUGGCUACAAUACAUAAAAAUCCAUACUUCACAGGUCCAACGGAUGAAGACACUGUAGUGCAAACAAUACUUGAAGCUCGUGGACCAAGUGGAACAAACAUCGAGUAUGUCUUACGAUUAGCAGACUGUUUACAUCGAAUGGCAUCGCAUAUCAAUGAUGAGUACUUGUUUAGUAUUGAAAAGAAGGUUUUAGACGCAUGCCGUCAAAGAAACAUUCAAGAUGAGUACUUGAAGAAGUAUAAUUCAGAUGCUUAG